CAGCACCGCGCCAGCACGCCUCCCCCGAAGGGCUAACGUCACAGCCCGGCGCCGGCCUCGCCCGCCCCUCAGGGUUGCGUCAGCACCGUGCGACGCCGCGAGGGCUGAGGGCGGAGGGCGGAGGACGGAGGACGGAGUCCUCAGGUGCCACAGGGGCCCUCAGGAGGAAUGGCCGCCAGGGGCAACCUGCUUGGCCUGCUGCGGCAGCAGGUACUGACGGGGGCUGCUCCAGUAUGUCGCCUACACACAUCCUCCUGGCAGGCUGACAGCAACAGGGCCUUGCUCACGCGUGUGCACCGACAAGCCUAUGCACGCCUCUACCCUGUGCUCCUGGUCAAGCAGGAUGGCUCCACCAUCCACAUCCGCUAUCGGGAGCCACGACGAAUACUCGAGAUGCCCAUGGACCUGGAUGCCCUGUCCCCAGAGGAGAGGCGGGCACGGUUCCGGAAACGAGAGUCACAGGUCCAGAAGAAAAAGGAGGAGCCAGAGCUCUAUGAUGACUUUGACGUGGAGCCGUACAAGCAGUUUUGGACGAAAAAAUGACCAGGCCUGGAAGUGUCCUUAAACCGUGUGUUCUCAAA